GUACGAGUGUCUGGCCACUAAUGCUGUGGGCAUUGCCAAAAGAACUGUGCAGUUGGAGAUGAGGGCAGAUUCCCCCUCCAUCUCCCACCAGCCUCCUCCUCUUCCUGUCCCUCCAACCCACCACCAUGGAGUGCCAUCCCGAAAGCACUCUGUCACAGCUAUGUAUGGUUCUGCUGUCUACCUCCACUGUCCAGAAUCUAUCGGAUCAGCAAGAGGGACCAUCUGGCAGCUACCAUCCAAGACCAUCAUGGAACAUCGAUACAGUCCGGAGAGACCAAUUAAAGUUUUCCAUAAUGGGACUCUGAGGAUACUUCAGCUAACAGAGCUAGAUGGUGGAAAUUAUCUGUGUGUCUUUCAGCGGCCCAAUGGGGAGGACAUGGAGCUCUUCCAGUUGGAGGUGUUAAUGACCCCUCCCAGAAUUGAGCAUGUGAGGACUGCACAGACCAGGGUCACCUUUGGAGAAAACUUCCAG